AUGAACUUGAAGACUCUACAUGCCCUUGUCGCGACAGCGGCAUAUGCAGCUCUACCUUCCUUUUCACUCGCGCAGUCUUCCUCAAGUUGCGGACCCGCCCCUUCUGGCGAGAUCCAGCCAUCGCUUGCUUCAGGAUUUCGCAUGCAAGUUGUCGCGACAGGGCUAUCAGAGCCUCGUGGUAUACUUCUCGAUCAAGAUGGGAAUUUGUUAGUCGUAGAACAAGGACGAGGUGUCAUCUCAGCACACACACUGGACGAAAAUGAGGAUUGUGUGUCUGUGAGCACCUCCUCCGAUGUAACCACUGCCCUGAGUCUUAAUCAUGGUAUCGAAUUGUCCAGAGAUGGAAGGACUCUGUACGCAUCAUCUUCUGAGAGUGUUUACUCUUGGGAGUACGACUCCUCUGCGCGAACAGUUUCAAGUCAGGAGACUCUUGUGACCAACAUGGCGGGCUCCGAUCAUACCACCCGGACGCUAUUGCUAUCUGACAAAGUCCCCGGUAUGCUUGUGGUCACAAGGGGAAGUACUGCCAACAUCGACUUUGAGUCAGCCAGCCUAGACUCCGGUCAUUCCCAAAUCAAGGCAUUCAACUUAAACAAUCGCACGGGUGGGCCCUACGACUUUAAUACCGACGGACUGCGACUGGGGUGGGGAUUGAGAAACGACGUUGGGGUUGCAGAACAUCCAGGAAGUGGAGGUAUUUAUGCCGUCGAGAAUUCCGCUGACCAACUGACCCGGAUGGGUGUCGACGUUCACGAGGACAAUCCUGCCGAGGAGUUGAACUUCUUGGGAUACUUGGAUGGCACAGAAUAUGCUCCACAGGGCGGAAGUUUUGGCUACCCUUGGUGUUUCUCUGCAUGGAGCGUCGAUGACCUCCCCGAUAAUGGGAAUUUAUCCGUCGGCAGUCAAUAUGCAAUCGAUGCAUCUCCGGCUUCAAACAAUGAGAAUCGAACAGACGCCUAUUGCGCUGGGCAGUUACCUGCACGUCUGGUUUUCCAAGCCCACAUGGCUCCUCUGGAUAUCAAGUUCAACAACAGUGGCCAGGAAGCAUGGAUCACCUUCCACGGGAGCUGGGAUAGGACUGAUCCGGUCGGAUAUAAAUUGUCCGUGGUGGCCUUCCACGAGAACGGUGAGCCCGUGGACGAUCUUCAAAGCACCACUGCCGCCCACGAUAUCUUUGCCAAUGAGGAUACAUCGAGAUGUCCGGAUAACUGCUUCCGGCCUGUCGGUAUGGUAAUCGACUCUCACGGACGGAUAUAUGUCUCUUCGGACGCUUCUGAAUCAGCCAUUUGGAAACAAAGAUUCCUUGCAUGCUAUGAUUAUCCAAUGGUCAAAGAACAGACCGAAUAUAUCUACGCAUAUCAAGAGCGCCGCUUUGUCCUGACACAUUUCGUCGAAUUCACGGACCCGAAGGAUAAACGUCUUCCCAUUCAACUAUGUGUUCUGAGGGAUAUGGUCAUCGAAGCAUCCUGCCAGAAGAAGAACCACCUUCCUCCACCUCUGACGUCUCCAAAUCUUGCGGCAUUCGAAUCUGCUGGUGGUUCUCCAUGGAUGCGUACCUUCUUGUCAGCUGCAUUCUUCCCCAAACCUGGUGGAAGACAUGGUCAACGCCAUCCCCUUUUUGAUGCUCUCCAGGUCCCCAUCUCUCACCUUCUGUCGCCUUCUUCCCAGAUGGUCAAUGCGCUCAUUUCGUCAAGAGAGAAUUACGAUUUGACCAUCGUGUACAAUUGGAACAACGAUUUCGGCACUCUCUAUCGUCUCGUACCAGUAUCUCGAAAAGAGAAGGGAACGGGGCCUGUGCAACCAGCGUCGAAGAGGUCAGCCCGAAACCUCAGAUUGCGACAUCCCGUUACCAAGAAGUCUAAGAUCAAGUAUGAGCUGGAUCUCUAUGCCCUACUCCAUAUUCGCAACUUUUGGCAUGGGCACCUCAUUGACGACACCAGGGCGCCUGAUACUUCCGGUAAGGUCGAUUUCAUAGUGGAAAACACUUAUGCAAAGAUGGCAAGAGCCCUAAACGAAGCUGGCAUCGCGCCAAAGAAAUGGUAUAAGCCUUUGACCGACGACCCACCAGAAAUCGAUACAGAGUGGUAUGGACACUAUAGUUGCUUAUGCCCCUGGCCGAAGUCCUUGAGAGAUCUGGAGGAAGUACAGGGUCUCGCCUCGAAUUGGGAAAAAGUCGACCCGCUGAAAUUCGACUUUGCUAUCAGCAACAACAAUCUAAUGGAUGGAUACUGGCCACCGAUCUUCCAUAACAUUCCAGCCUUCACAAAGACUAUUCCUGACUUCAUGUCUGGGGCUUGUGUCUUCAUUCGAGGUCUUGCUCCCUUCGUCGAGCUUCCCGACGUCAAGCAAUAA